AUGCAAGCGCUGCAGCAGCUUACAUGGGGUUUCGAGCAUCGACAGGCAGAUGUCGUAGAACAUGCGCUCGAACAACUCUUCAAUGACGCUCAAUCGAGCCAACAAGCAGCCCUGAUUCUGGAUCAAAAUCGUAGCAACAACUGGGCGACGCUGGUAUGGCACUGGAGUCGUGCUGCAACGACCUGGCACACUGUGGCGCGUUCGGACGCUUCAGUUGCACAGAUUUUUCAAGAGCUGAAGAACGCUUUAUCAAGUCUCUAUGACGAAAUGCGCAACGAGAACAGCGGCAACUGGUUUGUCCCUAUUGCAGCGCUGCUCUGCCGAUACCUCGUCCAGUGCGCUGCUCGCGUCCAGGUGGAGCGCUCGGACCCGCUGCGCACGGAUCGCGACCGUAGAGCGCGUCUCGCUGAGGCAGAAACAAUCAUUAAAAGAGGGUUGGCACUCAUGAUCAAUGACAGAAGUGCAGAGAUAUCGGAGUCGAAGAAGCUUGGCGCCCUCGGCAUGAUCGUGUACCUGCUCCGUAUCUACUUUGCGUUGAACAAUUUGCGCAUGUGCGCUAGCCUUGUCCGGACGGUGGAGUCACCGGGAUUCCCGCCAUUAGAUGACGCGUUUCCUCUCGACCAACGGGUGACUUAUCACUACUUUGUGGGACGCAUCGCGCUGUACGAGGAUCGGUACGUGGAAGCGGAAACGCAUCUCGCAUUCGCGGCUCACCACUGCCCCGUGCGAUACGAACGCAACCGUAAGCGGAUAUGGACGUAUCUCGUACCGGUGCGACUGCUGCAGGGUCGUUUGCCCAGCGUCCGGCUCCUUCGUAAGUACGGACUACGUGUGUAUGAACGGCUGCGUGAAGCUGUUAUCUAUGGGGAUAUUCGACAAUUCGAUGAUGUACUGCGUAGACAUGGUGAAUUCUUCAUUCAAAGCGGCCUGCUUUUCACGGUUGAAAAACUUCGUCUGAUUGUGUAUCGGAAUCGGUUUCGCGUUGCGGUUCGUUUACUGAAUUCGACUCGCAUACCGUUGGCGGCCCUGCAGUGCGCCUUAACGGAUCCGAAACCCGCACUUGAUGAGCUGGAGUGCCUGGUCGCGAAUCUGAUCUAUCGCGGCUUUAUUCGCGGGUACGUCUCUCACCAGAAGAAAUACCUUGUGACGAGUGCAAAAGACGCUUUUCCGGAUAUAGCACGAGUUUCACCUGGUGUGCUGCGCUGA